AUGGAUUUAUUAACAAUAGAAGCUUCAAAAUUAGCCCUACUAAAAGCACAAUCAAUGCCGCACAGUAACUCGCGAAUAGGAAUAAUAACAAAGCCAAUAAACAUACGUAAAAUGAGCACAAUGGAGGAAGAGAGCUCCGAGGAUUUAGAUACUAGCACUCAUCAGAUCGCAGUGAUGAAUCUCGGGCAGCAGAAUAAUCACAGCAACAAUUACACCUGCAACGACGAUUCUGAUCUGAGUGAUCAUGAGCGGGAGCGGGAGCGAGGAAGGCUACUCUCAGCUGGCAGCCGUAGGAUUUUUAUUGUGCCAGCAACUGCAAUAAGUGGUAGUAAUCCUAGUGCUCAGAUAGGUCAUACCACCACCACCACCACCAGCUCUACCGGAAGCGGGAACGGGAAUUUAAUAAGCAAAAAAUCAAGCUGCAGUCGUAAUAGCAGUGCCGAGAGCUUUCAAGAUAGCAAGUCAAGAAGAAGGGACGAGGAAUUAACGAUGCGGAUCAGCCGUGAUAACAGUUUCCAUCGGGAGUCCGUGAACGGUCAUCACCAUCCCAAUCACAAUCAUCAUCACCACCAUCACAGCCACCAUCGCGAUCAAAACGGUUUGCAUCGCGAAAAUUCAGCCCACGGAAGAUUUAAUCGCGGAGUUGAAUUGUACGGAGGCAGACAUCGGUAUCCAAGCAUGCGCUCGCUCAAGUCAAACGCCACCGAUGAGCAUCAUCAGCAGCCGACUACCAGCUGGGCCUCGAUGAGCUUCUCCGACGCUACUCCAAGCCAGUCUCCAGCUCGUGGAGCCCCGUUUCAUGAGUCCGUCUCAAUUCGCUCCCUGGCUUCUAUUGGACUGGGGUCCUCCGAUGGCCGAAAAUUGACCAUAAGACGGGUUCCAACCUCACCAUCCGAAUUGCUGAAUAUGGUUCAGUCUCCGCCUCUGGAUGAUGACAUGUCGACGUCAGACACCGAUGAUUACGGGACAUUUGACGACUUGAGCGACUAUCAUCAGCCAAAACGGCCUCACUGGGCGAAUAAAAUCCAGUUUGUUUUGGCCUGCGUCGGGUAUUCCGUAGGUCUUGGCAAUGUAUGGAGAUUUCCGUACUUGUGUUACAGCAGCGGUGGCGGUGUAUUUUUGAUACCGUACUUUAUUAUUCUCAUUGUUUGCGGAGUUCCAUUGCUGUACAUGGAACUUGCCGUCGGGCAAUUCACCAGGCGAGGUCCUAUUGGUGCUUUGGGACAAAUUUGUCCCUUAUUUAAAGGUGCCGGUUUGUCAUCGGUGGUGAUAUCAUUCCUAAUGUCAACAUAUCACAACGUAAUAAUAGCCUACGCGAUAUAUUACUUCUUCACAGCGUUUAAGCACGAGCACCCGUGGGCGAAUUGCAACAACUCGUGGAACACCCCAGCCUGCUGGCACCCGGAAGCUCACGGUAACCGCAGUAAACCCAACACUUCCCGGACACCGUCGGAAGAAUUUUUCGACAAGAAAGUACUCCAGAUCAGUGCUGGAAUUGAGGAGCCAGGGAUCCUCAGGUGGGAAAUAGUCGCCUGCUUGCUCACCGCCUGGAUUAUUGUCUACUUCUCAAUAUGGAAGUCCAUCAAGUCGUCGGCUCAAGUCUGGGUAAACGCAGCAGCUCAAAUAUUCAAUUCAUACGGGAUCGCAUUUGGCUCGAUGAUAUCCUUCGCGAGCUACAAUAAGUUUCACAACAAUAUCUUUGUGGAUACUCUUGCGGUCUCGCUGAUAAAUGGAUUGAGUAGCUUGCUCGUGGGCAUAUUUGCCUUCGCAGUAAUCGGCAAUAUUGCCGUUGAACAUAAUACUACCGUUAAUGCGGUACUCACUGAUGGACCUGGUCUGGUGUUCGUCGUGUAUCCUCAGGCCUUGGCGAAGAUGCCCGCGUCCCAAUUGUGGGCCGUUUUGUUUUUCUUUAUGCUCGUCUGUCUCUCAUUGAAUAGUCAAUUUGCUGUUGUUGAAGUGGUAGUGACGUCAAUCCAAGACGGUUUUCCCAAUUGGGUGAAAAAAAAUUUACUUUGCCACGAAAUGUUAGUUCUUAUUAUUUGCGCUGUUUCUUUUAUUUGUGGAUUGCCCAAUGUCUCACAGGGUGGAAUAUAUUUCUUUCAACUGAUUGAUCAUUAUGCAGCAUCGAUUUCUAUCAUGUUCUUGGCAUUCUUUGAAGUUAUCGCAAUAUCGUGGUUCUACGGUGUGCGAAGACUAUGUAGCAAUGUCUCGGAAAUGACUGGAAGAGUACCAUCGAUGUACAUUCAAUUUUGUUGGCUUAUAGCAGCACCUCUUCUGAUAAUGUCGGUAUGGGUAUUUAGUUUGAUUGAUUAUCAAAGCCCGACGUAUGGCAAUGGAGCUUAUCAGUAUCCAUGGUGGGCAGAAGCUGUUGGUUGGGGAAUAGCGUCCUUGUCACUGAUCUGCAUUCCAGCAUUUGCCGUCUACGUAUUAAUUAGAGCCGAGGGCGUUACUUUCACCGAGGUAUCUUUAUUUAGCAAUACAAACGUUACUUGUUCAACCUUCACCAAUUUUUGCUGA